UAGUAUAUUUCUUUUUCUUUUUCCGCUUCAGGUGGAUCUGGCUGGCUCAGAUCAGAUUAAUACCCUGCACUGCCGCUUCGGUCUUAUGGUUGCCUUGUCACAUCUGGCUUUCGGCAGCUGAUCUCGUUUGCUCGACCUUGUCGACCACGUCUUCCCGCCCAUACUUUCCUAUCGAGCCGCCCAUAUCCGAAUCGUAUCAUUAAAUGGACCUUACUCGAAGCGGGUUCAACUAUUUCGAAAACCGUCCGUCACUCCUAACCGUCUCGCGAUGCCCCUGCUUGAACCUAGCGCAACCGCGUAUGGCACAUUCGGCGACAUGAGACCAGAUACUGAAGACGAGGGAGAGCGCCUCCUGACGGACGGAUAUGUGAGCGACGACGAUGGUAGUGCAGUGACCUCCGUGGAUUCGGUCCAGGAGGGUGUGCGGAAAAUCGAAGCAAUCAACAUUACAUGGACGACCCGAUCCCUGGUCAUAGCUUAUAUCAGCAUUUUCCUUAUGGCCUUCUGUACUUCUUUGGAGGGCCAGACAAUCAUGUCACUCUCUGCUUAUGCCACUAGUGCAUUCAGUAAACAUUCCUUAAUAUCAACAGUUCUUGUUGUCCAAAACGUCGUCAAUGCUGUAAUUAAACCUCCGAUGGCCAAGAUCGCCGAUGUCUUUGGUCGCUUUGAAGCAUUCUGUGUCAGCAUCUUGAUAUAUGUCCUCGGUUAUAUUCAAAUGGCCGCAUCGACGAACGUUCAGACCUAUGCAUCUGCCCAGAUCUUCUACGCUGCCGGAUCCACGGGCUUACAAAUCCUUCAGCAAGUCUUCAUUGCCGACAGUAGCAGUCUUCUGAAUAGGGCACUCUUGGCCCUACUUCCAGAGCUGCCGUUCCUGGUCACAGUUUGGAUAGGGCCCACAAUUGCCGAUGUAGUGCUUGAGAAUAGCUCGUGGCGCUGGGGCUACGGGAUGUGGUCAAUCAUAUUGCCCGCUUCGUUUCUGCCGCUCGCUCUUUCAUUGCUGCUGAACCAACGGAAGGCCAAGAGAUUGAACCUGAUCAAAGAACGACCCCACCACCGGCGUGGAUUCGUUGCAGCAGUCCGUCGCACUUGGUACGACCUUGAUAUCUUUGGAUUGGCGUUGCUUUCUGCGGCGGUGACGUUGAUACUUGUUCCUCUUACCCUUGCUGCCAACACGAAAAAUGGAUGGAAGAGCAACAGCAUUGUUGCGAUGAUCGUAAUAGGCGUUGUAUGUCUCAUACUGUUGCCUUUCUGGGAGACCUCAAAAAAGCUUGCGCCUAAACCGCUCCUGUCCCUCCAUUUGCUCAAGCAGCGGACGGCUCUUGCAGGUUGUUGCUUGGCAUUCUUUUACUUCAUGGCCUUUUACUUCUCAGUCCAGCCAUAUCUCUAUUCCUACUUGCAAGUUGUACAGGGCUACGACGUUGCCACGGCUGGCCGUGUCACUCAGACCUUUGCUUUUACGUCAACGAUCGCUGCAUUUGGUGUCUCCAUCCUGAUUAAGUAUACACGCCGAUACCGUGUAUAUGUAACUCUUGGUUGUGUUAUCUACAUGACUGGUUUGCUGCUGAUGUUGCUGUACCGCAAAGAAGGCAGCUCUCCCCUACAAGUUCUAGGAACGCAGGUCAUUGUGGGCAUGGGAGGCGGGCUCCUUAAUGUUCCCGUACAACUCGGUGUUCAGGCGUCGGCGAGCCACCAGGAAGUAGCUGCCGCCACCGCCAUGUUUCUUACGUCCAUGGAAAUGGGAGGUGCAGUCGGCGCUGCUAUCUCGGGAGCUGUCUGGACCCACAACAUCCCGCGCAAACUCAACCUCUAUCUCCCUGACGAGUACAAGUCUGAAGCCGGCGCAAUUUUUGGCAAGCUGACCAAGGCCUUGUCUUACGAAAUGGGAACACCCGUUAGGUCCGCCAUCAAUCGAUCAUAUCAAGAAACGAUGAAUAAGCUUCUUGUGCUGGCAUUGUUAGCCACGCUUCCGCUGAUUCCAUUGAGUCUUCUUAUGUCGAACUAUAAGCUGGAUAAGAUGAGCGAAUCCUCUGAUCAUGAUGAUGCUUCACCAAGAAAUGGAUUGGGGCCAGGAGAAAGAGCAAAACGAACAUAGGCCGUGAUGCGCUCCCCGGCUUGCCCUUUGAGGCCUUGCGACGGCGGUAUUUGAUGAUCCGCUGAAUACAAUUCUUCGGCAUGAUAACGAAUCUAUAGUCUCAUGAUUCAGUUUGUGACUUCUCGAAUAUAUUUGCUGUGGCGAAACGCAUCACAGUAGGAAGCAGCUUAUCAGCUUCGGCCAGGACCGAGGUGUGAAAGCAUGCACAUACAUUUUUUGAUUAUCAGCGAGUGUUGACCCGCAUUAUGCCAUGAAAAGCAUUUAUCGGCGUACUGGUUCCUUUACUUUCAUGAUCUUCAAUCAUCACCAAUUACGACAGGCCUGUCUUUUUAUGUGACCAUCUCUAUCUACACAGUAUACAUAGAAGAAUUUCCCAAUAGAGCAAUACAGCGUGGGAUGUGGGUUAU